AUGAAUAAACGAGGACCCAAACUUGGCAAACGUGCACUAGCAGCACUCCAGAACUCUGACCAAAAAGCCCAAGAACCACAGACUACUGAAGAUUUCAUCGAGGAAGGCGCCCAAGACGAAGAAUCUGGUGACCGCUGGCUUGGUCUGGACCUCUCCAAAGCACUACGCUUUUAUCAGAAGGCGUUUUCCAGCUACCAAAAAGCGAUUACUCUCAACAAUUCCGGCCCAGAAUCUCUCCAUGAUGCCUACUACAAUGCUCUGCGAUUGCUCUUCCACGUAUACAGCCAGUACCACAAGAACGACGGUGUGAAUUUGCAAAAGUUGACGAAUGUAGCUGAAGUGCUCACGGGUGACGAAAAUAGCGUUGUUCAGCAUAUCCUGGCCAUAGUACUUGCUCACCAAAGAUCCAUGGCAGUCGAUCCAGAUAAUGUACCCCUUGACCUCUUGUUCAACACCGCUUUGGUAUACACAGAAGCCAUCGAUGAAAAUGAAGAGUAUGAUCUUGUGGCUUUGUAUGCCACGAUAGCUCAGGAUUUCUUUCGAAAAGUGUUGAAGCAGCAAGUCAAUGAAUUCCAAGAUUUUCUUCUGUUUACGCUGGCCCUUCCAGAAAAUAAUGAGGUUCCCACAAGCAGCUCAGAAACUCCGGACUCGAGGGCCAUGUAUUCAUCAACAAAAACGGCCCAACCUCCUGAUAUUCUUGAUACAGUUAUUUCGGGCUUACAGUUAUGUCAGGCUGUUUUAGAGAAUAUGGGAAGAUUGGUUCCCUCUCAUGGCUCACCUGUCAACCAUAUCGAGUCUUUUGCUCAGGAUUUGGUGACUGUCGCCGAUGACCUCGUUCAGAACUUUACGGAUUCAUCUAAGGCAGCAGCCAUUGAGGAAUCUCAAAGAAAUGAAUACUUGAUAUCCAAGACAUAUGUCCGUGCUCUCUUAUGCUCGGAUUUGGCCGGUGUUUAUCUGGUGUGGGAGUCAGCAAAUCUUCCCAAUAUCCCACAGAAAUUUAUGCUGGCAGCUGAUUCCAUCGAAUGUGUUUUGGAGAGAUUGGAUCUCAAUACAGGUGCUAGCGGUCCUGAAGAUGUGUUGAACUUGUAUUGGGGUGCUCUUUCCAAGAUGAACAUCUACUUCAAGAAUGCUCAAGAACUUCUCAACGAAGAGUACCAAGCCAAAAAGGGACCAGCAGUAAGUGUGGGAGUCUUGAUUGACCAGAUAUGUCGAGUUUACAUUGCCAGAUCCGACAUUGAUUUGCAAAGAUGCCAGAUCCAGAAUGAACAGGGCCAGAAAAACUCUCAGGUGCUCUUGAACAAUGCCAAAGCGUUCUUGAAGAAUUGUAUGAACUUGGCCAAAGUAUCCGGUGGAAUCAGAGAAACGGCCAUGGAAAAAGCCCAGAGAGAACGCAGGAGAUACGAGGCGGUAUCGAGAUUGUGUUUAUUGGAGGGUAAGUCCACUCCAGAAGAAUUGAAUAACAUCUUGGGUAGUGGCAUGUGGGAAGAAGAUUUCGCAAAUUACAAGGAUUUGUGGUAUUUCCAAAGGUUUCUUUAA